AUGUCACUACAAUCCAAAAAUCGUCUUCGAUUAAUUAUCCCUAAAUUAAAUUCAAAAUCAGAAAAAAUCUUAAAGACAUGUAAAAGAUGUAGACAACAUAAGACAAAAUGUGAUGCAUUUAUAACAAAUCCACAACCAUGUUCUCAUUGUUUUAAAAAAAAUUUAAAUUGUUGUUUGGAAAUUAUAAAUAAACCAACUGGUAGAGUAAAAUCAAUUGAUAUUGUUGAAAAACUAUCAUGUGAAGUACAAGACUUGAGGGAACAAUUAGAUCAUUUAGUUGAGAGAAAAAAUGCACAAGUUGAAUUAUUAAUUGAAAGAGGUAAACAGAUACAACAACAAUCAAAAAUUGAAAUACAAAAAAAGGAAGUACAAAUAAAGGAGAAAACAAAAGUAAUACGAUCUAUAACUCCGCCAGUUUCAAGAAUUCAAUCAUGUUUAAAUACUCCAUAUGCAUCACCAGAAGAAAUACCGACAGAAUUACAAUUACAACUUUCAAUAAAACCUAAUGACCCUUCAAAAUUUAUUAUAUCAUGUAAUACGAAAUACCAACCAAUAAUUUUAUCACACAAACAAGCACAACAAUUAUUUACAAAUUAUGAAAUAAACCUAAACAAAUUCUUACCAAUAUUCCCCGAAUCAUUUUUCCAAUCAAUAAAUUUACAAGAAUUUUACAAAGAAAAUGAAUUAACAUUUUGGUCCAUAAUUUUAGCAUCUUUAUUAAAUCAACAUAAUCAAAAUUCAUCAAAUGAUUAUCAAACUUUGUGUGAGCAUGUAAAACAAUUAGUUGUUGAAAAAUGUUGGUUUCAGACUCCUAGAAAUUUAUACAUCAUAUCUUCUUUAUUGAUAUUAACUACUUGGCCCUUACCUAAUAACAACAGUAAAAUAUCAGAUAAUUUGAGUAUUAAAUAUAUAAGUUUGAUGAAAACAUUGUCAUUACAAUUUGGAUUACAUAAAUUAAAAUUUAUUGAUGAGUUUAGUCACAAGACAAAAUUAAAUUUAAGUCAAGAAGUUAAUCUCAAUAACACUAUUAGAGAAAGAAUAUAUAAAUUUAUAAAUAUAAAUUCAAACUAUUGGUUGAUCAAUUUAGGGUUAUCAAACAAUAACUAUAAUGGAUUUACUCAAGAUUACAUUAUCAACAAGUCAACAAAUAUAGAUAUAUACAACAAUAAAAAUGAAGAAAUUUCAUCAACAGAUCAAUACAUUAAUUCAUUAUUAAAAAUAUCAAUGAUUCAAUCAAAAUUGAACGAGAACAUGAAUAUUUUAAUAGGUGAUAACCUAUUAGAUGAAUCAAUUGUUUUAAAUGACAUACAAAUCAAUACAUCAAAACUUAUAAAUUUUAAUAUGUUUGAAAUUAUAUUAAAUGAUUUAAAUAAAAUACUAAUAGAAAACCAAUCUGAAGAUUAUCAGCUGAUUGAAAUUAAAAAUUUAAUCAAGCUUUCAAUCUUGUAUACAAAUUUACAAUUAUUCGUAUAUUCAAUGUCAAAAUCAAACAUCACAGUAACAGAGUAUAAACAGUACUUGAAUAAAUUAGUCAGUUGUUGUUUUGAAAUUGUUUCUAAAUUUGAAGAGUUUAAUGAAAAAGAAAAUUACUUAAACUUACCAAUCUACUAUAAGUUUCCCAUGGAAUUGACAUUACUAACAUUAUUGAGGGUUUUCAAAUCUCCAUUGAUAUCAACAGAAGAAUCACAUGAAAUAAAAUUGAAUUUCAAUAAAUUAUACACCAUUAUACUCAACAAUGAGAAUUGGAAUUUUUUAAAUUUGAAGUUAUACAAAAUAAUAGAGAAGUUUAACAAGGUUCCGAAGAAUUUCAUUAUUAACCAAUACGACCAAGGUGAAUUUUUUUUGAUCAACAAGAUGAAGAAUUACUUAGUCUCGAGCUUGGUUUACGAAAUGAUCUGGUUAAUUUUCGAAAAUGAGAAACAACAAAAAGAAUCAGUAGAAAAAUCAGAAUCUAUAUUCUUUUAA